GGAGGUUCUGCGCGACCGGUCCCGACGCUGACCAAAAAAAAGGAAGUUCGAAAAAAAUAUUUACGGAAGGGAUCUGGAUGGUUGCCUCUUUGGUGGUGAGGUUACUGUAGUGGUGUAAGAAGCAUUUAGCCCUCCAGCGGCGAGCAACGCAAGCCAUUUACUAUUAACUGGAUGUAAUUAGACUGAACUAGUGUGAUAACCUUUGUUGGGCGAGUUUUCACUUACACUCGCGAGAGAAACGGAGAAUUGAGGAUACCAAGUACUAAACGCUGUCGAUCUCGUCACUUGGUUAAGUGUUCCUGUGUAGCCAUUGAUAUAAUUAGUUGGGAGCGGAUGCCAAUAUCGGCUUAGUAGCUGAGCCAAGAAGUUUUACAACUUCGCUCAUGCGGAUUACUUGUAUUGCCUAGUUGCGGACACGGGACGACAUUCUUCGUUAUUUUCGCAAAUUCUUUCUCUUUAGUGUUCUGCGGAUUUAUUCAAGGAUAGGAAACGUUUAUUGCCAACGAAGCACAUUGAAUAUUAUUUCAGUUAAGUAGCCAGUUGUAAGUGAAACGUGUAGUCCUUAACAGAAAGCCUUAAAGCCUAAAACGCUGAUAGGUCACAAUAAAAUGCACCAUUGCCAGCACUCCAAAGAUUGUCGUCACCGCAUUCUUUAAACGAACGGCAGCUAUGCCCAUCUGUCCCUAAGAACCCAGCACGAUGAACGCAACCCGGCUGAAGGUGUGGGUCGUGGCGUGGGCGUUCGUACUGCUCACCUGCGGAGCGUGGGCGGACGAGGAGGACCCCCUACAGCACGAGGCUAAGGUCGCCGCCCGUGAUCGCCAGCUCACUCACAUCCUGCACACGAUCGGCGUGGAGCGGGCGGCAGGUGAGGACGUCGUCGGUGAAUCUGAUGCCCCUGCAGAGGAGAGCGAGCGAGUGGAAGCGCCAGGGGCAGCGUGCACCCACGACGCCCUCGACUUCAAGGUCCAGACGGGGCCGUCGGACAAGUUCAGCAGCGGCAUGAGGGCGGCCCUGCACGUUGCCAACCUCCUCAACAACCUGUUCGUGGCUGGGCCCGAGGGGCGCGACCCGGUGUAUCCCCCGCAUGUCUUCUACACCCUCCUGCGCGCCACGCUGGAGAACGAGCCUGCGGUCGUGUCCUGCGGCGUGGCGUUCCUCCGGGGCGAGUUCGAGGCCCCGGUGGAGCGCAGGGCGUCUGAGGCGGAGGAGGAGAGCGAGCUGUUCGAGCGAGGCCGGAGUCUGUUCCGGAAAGACGUCCAGGAGCAGAGGGACAUGUUCGGGGCCUACGUCUUCAGGAGGGGCGGGACCAUCGGCACGGCGGACCUGGCCUCGCUCUACAACCAGUCAUACGACCAGCUGGACACCGAGGGCACGCAGUGGUUCACGCACUUCAGCUACAGCAGCCCCAUGUACCGGCCGAUCAACUCGAGUCUCUCCUUCGACACGUCCUCCUCCUCCUCCUCCUCCUCGGCCUCCAACUCCGGGUCUCCCUCGGCGCCUUCGCUCGCCCUUACCCGGAAGGAGGACGGACACUGGUCGCUCAACCCGUACUUCGACUGCGGCGCCUCCAGGAGCUGGGUCGUCGCCUACUCCCUGCCCUUCUACGGACGCCAGGGCACCGGCUUCAAGGCCAGGCUAAAGUAGGUGG